CCGGACCCAACCCCAAGACCCCUUCGAUGCUCUGGGCCGUUUUAUCCUUGACAAAUCCAAAGAGUCGAAAGCGACACCACUGUCGCCGCUGGCCUCGGCCCUCAGGGACAUCUCGCAGCCCGAUAACACAGAGGACUAUAUCGGCCAUCCCGCCAUGCACAGCAUCCCCGACCCUGUCUCUGUGAACUGGAAGCCCUUCACUCCGCCGAGCCAGAGGAAGCGCAACAUGGCGAACAAGGGUAGACCCAAAAAACCUCAGUCUACUGAUUCAUCUGAUUCAUCCGAGUCGCUCUCGAGUGACUCUGAAGCCGAGCCCGAAGCCAAAGCUUCGGGGACGACUCCAGCCGGCCUGCUCAAACCAACCCAGGUCGGUGCUGAUCUCAAGCCACCCCCCGGCAAACAAGUCCCAUUCGGCCCUCCAGGGCCUGUCCUAAUUGACCCCGGUGUAUCUGAACUGGAGAAGGAGGCUGGGUCUGUCGUCGUUGAGCCAACAGCGAGCACAAGCGCUGAUGUUGUUGAGGCCCUCGUCGCUGGACCCGUCGAUACGUCCGUGACAACAGAGAGCCCCGCCCCACCAACAGAUACUGCUCCCGUAACAACAGAAGGCUCACUGCCAGUGCCGGUUGCUGGAGAUGAAGCUUCCGACGCAGUUGUCUCGGGCGACCAAGUGGGAAUCGCUGUGCCCGAUCAGACCGAGGCACUCCAGGCGACAGACCCUGACUCCACCAGCGCAGAAGCAAACGAAUCUACUCCGACCGACUUGACCAACUGAAGGCCCUUGAG